AUGUCGUUCGCGGUAAUGUCGUGUCACGGAGUUCAAGUAUUACAAAGUAUGAUCCAUUGUGCGGAUUUAUCCAAUCCAACAAAGCCACUGGAGAUUUGUAUGAAAUGGACUGAUCGAUCGAUGGAAGAGUUUUGGAGACAAGGAGAUAAAGAACGUGAUUUUGAAUUGGAGAUUUCACCUAUGUGUGAUAGACGUCUAGCAAGUGUUGAGAAACAUCAAAUCGCUUUCAUAGAAUUUAUUGUACAUCCAUUGUGGGAAACAUGGGCUGAUUUACUUUAUCCUGAUGUAAAUAACAUUUUGGAAACAUUAGAACAAAAUCGUGACUGGUAUCAAGCGCGUCUUUCGGCUCCUGCAUCAGUAUCUGCAGGUACAAAUAUAACAAAUUCGUCUUCGCCAUCUUCAAGCCCUACACCAAUGACAAAAACAGUAUCAUCGUCAAACGAAGAGGAUUCUUUGAUGAAAUGA